AUGGCCGACGCUGCCGUUCACGAGGGCCCAGCGCCAACUUCGUCUUCUUCCGGUGGCCCCGAUGCGCCACCAUUGAGUGCUGAUUCCGCAAGCCACUCUGCCGAAACCCGUCCGGGUCCGCCAGUUAUCUCGGAGGAAGUGAAAGCUCGCUUGGAUAAAGUGGUCUAUUCGGAUAUCGGCAUCACGACACUCCUGACCCGACUGAAACAAAGUGUCGCUUCCGCAAGAGAUUUCUCGACAUUCUUGAAGAAGCGAUCGAGUCUAGAAGAAGAACAUGCACAGGGCUUAAGGAAAUUGUCUCGCUCUCUCUACGACGCCGCCCACCGUCCCGAUAGUCGUCAAGGCACUUAUGGCCAGAGCCAUAAUGAUCUCAAUCGCUUCCAUGACCGCAUGGCUGACCAUGGACUCCAAUUUGCGGUCUCCUUACAACAGAUGGCCGACGAUCUCAAUGAGCUGGCAUCGAACAUCGAACGGGGGCGUAAGCAAUGGAAACAGACCGGCUUGAGUGCGGAGAAGAAAGUCCUCGAAGCUGAGACUUCGGCCGAGAAAGCCAAAGCCAAAUACGAGUCGCUUGCAGAACAGUACGAUCGUGUCAAAACGGGUGACAAACAGGGUGGGAAGUUCGGGUUGAAAGGUCAUAAAUCCGCGGCCCAGCAUGAAGAGGAGCUCUUACGCAAGGUCCAAAAUGCGGACUCAGACUAUUCUUCCAAGGUCCAGGCGGCGCGAGCGGCUCGAAAGGAAUUGAUUUCCACCCACAGGCCUCAGGCGGUCCACAACAUUCAACAACUGAUCUCGGAAUGCGACUCUGGUCUUACCCUGCAGCUGCAGAAAUUCGCCACCUUCAACGAGAAGCUGUUAUUGGGACAAGGUUUGUCCAUCAGUCCGCUGAAGGACAGCACAAGCAACCCCGCCCUUGCACCAAAGAGCCUUUAUGAGGUUAUCCAACAGAUUGAUAACCAGAAAGACCACCACGAGUAUAUUCUGAGUCACGAGCAUAAUCCCGCAGUGGUGGCUUCUGAUCAGAUCAAAUAUGAGCGUCACCCGACCCUUGGUGGUUCCUCCGGGCCUGCUGCUCCUGCGUCCCAGCCCAAUUCCCAAAACAAACGGCACUCAACAGGGCCUCAGUCCUUCUCGCAGCAACAUCUCCCUUCGAGUCAACCCUCCUCGCAGCCUUCGGUCGCGGCUUCAGCUCCAGCCCCAGUCCCAGCGUCCAACGCUCAGCCACAUCCAUAUCCACAGGGACCUGACUCGUACUCCUCAUCUCCUUUCCAACCUCCAUACCCAACAUCCUCCGGUCCCCCACCUCCUCCUGAAAAACUCACUUUCAAUGCACCAACCGCGGCGGCCCAGGGCAGCCCGCUCCCUCCACCACCUAGCAAUUCCUUCCAACAAAAUCUGCCUCCAUUGAAGCCAGUGUUUGGGGUCUCUCUGGAUGAGUUGUACGAAAGAGAUGGGACGGCAGUACCGAUGAUCGUCUAUCAGUGCUUCCAAGCUGUGGAGCUCUUUGGGCUGAAUAUGGAAGGUAUCUACCGACUUUCCGGCAGUGCCAACCACAUCUCUCAGAUGAAAUCGCUCUUUGACAAUGAUUCAUCCCAAGUGGAUUUCACAAAUCCGGAAAAUUUCCACCAUGACGUGAACAGUGUUGCUGGCCUGUUGAAGCAGUUCUUUCGCGAUCUUCCAGACCCGCUGUUUACGUCUCAGUUUUAUUCCGAGUUCAUCAACGCAGCCCGCAUCGAGGAUGACGUCCAGAGACGGGAUUCAUUGCAUGCGCUUGUCAAUAACCUCCCAGAUGCACAUUACGCCACCUUGAGGGCCUUGAUCCUGCAUCUGAACAAGGUACAAGAACAUUACACCCAAAACCGUAUGAACGCAGGAAACAUUGCCAUCUGCUUCGGACCUACUCUACUCAGUGCGAAUUCUGCCGGUAAUAUAGCCGAUGCGGGAUGGCAAGUGCGUGUGAUCGAGACAAUUCUCGUGAAUACAUUCCAGAUUUUUGACGAUGAUUAG